AUGAAAUUCAACUUAUUUUUAGAAAUUAAAUAUAUUAAUGCAUCAAUUGAUUAUCAAUUAAAUAAUGAAGAAGGAUUUGAAAUGGAAAACAUAUUUUGCUCAGAAUCAAAUUGUACUAGUAAAUCUAAUUUAUUUGAUUCUUUAAUUAAGUAUAAAAGAUUAAUUUACUCAAAAGAAAAUACCUGUAAAUGUGAAUCAAGUUUAAUAGGAUUAGAUGAAGAAAGUAAAGAAUGUUAUAAUAUUGUAUUUAAAGAUGAAAGUACUGUUAAUACACAAAAGAAAAAUAAUGUUAAUACACAAAAGAAAGAUAAUGUUAAAUUACAAAAGAAAGAAAAACUACCAUCAUUUAUAGAUACUUUUUAUUUAAAAAAGACUAAUUUUAAUCAAACAAAUGUUAAUAACAGAAAUGAAGAUAAAAAACCUUUAAUUCAAGAAAGUGAUAAAAAUUUUAAAUUUAAAAAAUUAACGUUAAAUGAUUAUAAAAGUUUAGUGCCACUAAAUUUUGAAAAAAAGAAAAUAUCAAGUUUAAAAAAAGUUAUUGAGAAACUUUUAUUAAGAACGAUAGAAGCAAAACCAUCUGUUAAAUUUUAUGAUAAAUUAUAUGUAAAUAUUAACAGGGAAAAUUCAAAUCUAAUGAUAUUAAAUAAAGAUUACAUGUCAAUUAAAAAAGAUAAAGAUAAGUUAUCAAUUUAUGAACAUACUUUAGUAAAGUUUGUUGUUAAAUUAAUUAAAAUUCACAAUAAAAAAGACAUAAUAAGAGAACUUGAUCUUGUUAAUCUGAUUAUUAGAAUUUUGAAUGACUCAAUGAAAUUCACUAAAUUUUAUUUUAAAUUAAAAGAAUUAAAAAAAUUGAAAAAAGACAAUGAAGACAGAAUUAAAAAAUUAACAAGUGAUUUAAUUUCAAUCCUCAAAAAUAUUUGUGAACCAGAAAUAACUUUUGAUGAAAACAAAGAUGUUAAAACACUAUUUAAAAUACCAAAAAAAUCUUUAAAAGGACAAGGUGAUUUACACAAUUGGGCAACAAAAAUUAGAAGUGGUUUAAAAAAAUUAUUUUUAAGUAAUUUGGAUGAUGUUAACAACUAUGUAAAUGAUAAAACAAUAGAAAUAAUGAUAAAAAACAAAUUAAAUUCACUAGGUGUACUUCUUGUGGAUCAUAUUUUUAGAUCAAAUACAAAAAUUGAAGAUAUAAGAAAACAUAACAUUUAUUAUUAUUUGAUGAGCAUAAAAAGAGAAAUUAAAGAUUAUUUUUUUAAAAAAUUAAGAAAGAAUCAAAAUUCUAAAUAA